CCGCUCUGCACUUUCACCCAUACGCUGGGGAAAAUGCUUCUUUCCAAUCAUGAGAAACGCGACUGCCAAAUAUUUCAAAAUACUUGGAAAUCAUAAUUGUGAAACAAUAUAUGGGCUGACCACCCGUGCUUGGAAUUUGUUAUAGAUAAGAUGCUCACAAUCUCUGUGCAACUCUAUUCGAGAGGGAACUUGAAUGCUUGCGUUGGCCCAUUUCGCAAUGAUGUCUUACUAUUUAAAGCUCCAAUUACCAAACUUAAGCUCAUGCCAAUGCCGGAGAGAAUAUGUAUUUAUGGUAGAAGAAAACAUAUCAUGAAGAAGCCUCCGAGGGCUGUUAUGAUGGAUCCAUGGGCACCCAGUAUGGAUUCACAGAGUAUUGCUUCACAGCUGUUUGCAGUUUCGUUAUUUCCAUACUUGGGUUUCUUGUAUUACAUCACCAAGUCCAAAUCAGCUCCUCCCCUCACUCAAUUCGGCUUCUACUUCCUGCUAGCUUUUGUAGGCGCCACAAGGCAGUUCCUGCUGGCAUAUAUGCAAAGAUACAUUAUGGAACCUCAUUGUCAAAUGUGGAUUGGCUUCAUGGGAGUGCAGAGUCAUUAUUGACUCUGACCAACUUGUUUAUUGUGUUGGGUUUGAGAGAAGGUUUGCGCAAAGAAGAAAGCCAGAAGAUGACAUUGGGUACAGAAGAAAAAAAAGAAAUACUGGAGGAGGAGAGAUCUUCUAUCUAAAUCUCACAUGCCAAUGAUAUUUUUAUCAAGAAGUUGCCAACCAUUCAAAUUCUUUUUCAACAGGACAUUUUAAUGACCUUCCUGUUUGGUUGUCAUCGCUGUACUGUUAACUAGAAGCUGUGCUAUAAUUUAGUAUGUUAUCUCUAUGCUAGGGGUUAUUACUAUAUAGAAUUUUCUAUGGUACUCAAACUAGCAGACACUUCCAGCUUAUCAUCUCUAAGAUUAAGUUAAUCAAUUCAGUAACGAGAGAAGUUUAGGAUUA